GGUGGUGACCUCUUUUCGCAUUGUGUCAGUGUACUGAGAGUUGAUGAUCAUAUCGUUGUUCUCCGAAUACAGCUCGGAUCAAAUUACUGUCUGCCUUAAGGCGCAGAGCUAUAAAAGCACAGUGCAGCACAGCUGUCACCUUCAAAACAUCCUCCGACCGAUACCUGGACAUUGGAAGAGAGAGAUAAACUAUGCGUGAAUGUAUCUCUAUUCAUGUGGGCCAAGCUGGGGCUCAGAUUGGCAAUGCAUGCUGGGAGCUGUACUGUCUUGAACACGGGAUCCAACCAGACGGACAGAUGGCAUCUGACAAGACUCUUGGGGGAGGAGACGACUCCUUCAACACGUUCUUCAGUGAGACAGGGGCUGGAAAGCAUGUUCCCAGAGCCAUCUUUGUCGAUCUGGAACCCACGGUCAUCGAUGAAGUGCGUGCAGGAACCUACAGGCAGUUGUUCCACCCAGAGCAGCUGAUCACAGGAAAGGAGGACGCUGCCAAUAACUAUGCACGUGGCCACUACACCAUCGGCAAAGAGAUCAUUGAUCUGGUACUGGAUAGGACUCGAAAACUAGCAGAUCAGUGCACUGGCCUGCAGGGAUUCCUCAUCUUCCACAGCUUUGGAGGGGGUACUGGCUCUGGUUUCACCUCCCUGUUGAUGGAGAGACUCUCUGUUGAUUAUGGUAAAAAGUCCAAGCUGGAAUUUGCCAUCUAUCCAGCCCCCCAGGUGUCUACAGCUGUAGUGGAGCCAUACAACUCCAUCCUGACCACCCACACCACUUUGGAGCACUCCGACUGUGCCUUCAUGGUGGACAAUGAGGCCAUCUACGAUAUCUGUCGUAGAAAUCUCGAUAUCGAGAGGCCGACUUACACCAACCUCAAUAGGCUCAUUGGUCAGAUUGUGUCUUCAAUCACUGCCUCUCUUCGCUUUGAUGGAGCCCUGAAUGUUGACCUCACAGAGUUCCAAACCAAUUUGGUGCCCUACCCCCGGAUCCACUUCCCUCUGGCCACCUAUGCCCCUGUCAUCUCUGCUGAGAAAGCCUACCAUGAGCAGCUGUCAGUGGCUGACAUCACCAACACCUGCUUUGAGCCAGCCAAUCAGAUGGUGAAGUGUGAUCCUCGUCAUGGUAAAUACAUGGCCUGCUGCCUGCUGUACCGUGGAGACGUGGUGCCCAAAGAUGUCAAUUCUGCCAUCGCAGCCAUUAAAACCAAACGCACCAUCCAGUUUGUGGACUGGUGCCCCACAGGAUUUAAGGUGGGCAUCAACUACCAGCCUCCUACUGUGGUUCCUGGAGGAGACCUGGCCAAGGUUCAGAGGGCAGUGUGCAUGCUGAGCAACACUACAGCCAUUGCUGAGGCCUGGGCCCGUCUCGACCACAAGUUUGACCUCAUGUACGCCAAGAGGGCCUUUGUCCACUGGUAUGUUGGGGAGGGCAUGGAAGAGGGAGAGUUCUCAGAGGCCAGAGAAGAUAUGGCUGCCCUAGAGAAGGAUUAUGAAGAGGUGGGCACUGACAUCCUAGGAGAAGAGGAUGAAGGAGAGGAGUACUGACUUGAAGACCUUUUGUAGUAACUAUCUAACAUUGGGCACUUU